AUGCGCGAGGACGAACCAACCCACAAAGGAACCACCGCAAGACGACUAGGAUCCGUUCAACCACACAGCGGUCCGCGCGAGGGUCCACCCGUAGAUGCACAUCUCGAGGCACGUGAACGUGGGACUCUCAAUUCCAUCAUGGUCAUCGUCAUGCAUGUCUUUGUCGAAGUUGUUGCUGUUGUUGUGCUGAAUGAAUGUAAGAGGAAAAGCUUGGGUUACCGGUACGUAAACGGCGUUUCAUGCAUUCAAGCACGGCGUUUCAGUUCACUUUGGCAAGACCAACUCAAAAUCGAAGAGGUGUCAACAUCAAAAUCAAAAGCGGUGUCAACAUCAAAAAAGAUCAAAAUUGAUGCUUGCCGUUUCAUUUUCAAAACUGAAACGACCGUCGGCAAAGAAGCUCGCGAUCACUGUUGCUUGCCAAUUCGAAAGCCAUCCCUCAUUGAAUUCUAUGGACCAUGGGAUGGCAGUCAGUUCUCGGCCCAUGACGACCAAGUUGGUGCAAUUUGA